UCGCCGCUCUACUUGCCUGGAUACAGAGCUAGAAGCGGUGUCCGUGCAGUCACUCGUAGCCAUGGCUCCAGAAGUUCAUUCUCACGCUGUUUAUGGAUUCUCCGAAAGCCUCGACUGGACCACGCUGCACUUCGUUAAACUCAUCGACGACAUCAGGGUGUGCAGUGCCUGCAGAGCUGUUGCCAGGAAAACCGCCUUCCUAGCGUGUCGCCAUGUUCUUUGCGAGCCUUGCUACGAGCACUGGAAGUCAAGGGGCAGCCAUGUCUGUUUCCUCGAUGGCGACCUGUGUCCAGAAAACGAGGUCUAUUGGAUGGAGUUUCCAGCGGAGAAGAUGAUGAAAUCUGAGGUCAGCUGCUGGAACCGGGAAAACGGAUGCGAGAUCAUCGCUGAUGUUUCAAGCAUAACCGAUCACUUCCACCGAGACUGUGAGCACCACUCCGCGUGCUGUCCAAAGUGUUCGUCGACGGUUCUUCGGAAAGACAUCAUCGCGCACCUUGAAUCACAAUGUGCCAGCCACGUCUUGAGGAUAAAGUCUACAACACCACCAAGCCAGGCAGAGUUGAAGGACAUGACAGGCAUUUGGGAAGGUGUCCGUGGCGUAGAAUCGGCGCUUCGAAAUGCGUCUCACAACGAUGCGUUGCUGCACAACAGCCUUCAAGGUGUGACAGCAAAGAACGAAGAAAAUGGCGACUCCCUUUCGAAGAUGGCAGUUGAAGUCGCGCAGAUGUCGCAGGUGACGAAGCAGACACUGAGUGCGGUGGAAAGAAGCAGCAAAGGACACGCGAAUCAAACAGCAGAUUUGACGACGUGCAAAGAAAGUUUGUGCUCGAAGUUGGACGAAAUCGAAAGGGCCGCCGAUGAAUUGAGGCGUUGUGAAAGCGCAGCGCAACAAGAUAUGAGUCAGUGCGAGAAGUACGCCGAGAACUUGCACGAGCUGAAAACGGAAAUGCAAAGCAUGUCAAGCAUGCUGAGAGAAUUGAGGAAUAUCCUCCCUGAAGCAGCUGUAGCCGCAAGUGCGGCCGCAGAUGGUUUGUCUGAGGUUCUAAGCUCCGAACUCUCCUCAUAUUGGUCGGGACCUCGUUCAUUCGAUCGAUUCCCACUGGAGGCGACCGCCCGUGUUUUCGAGAAUGCAUUGAAGCUUCCCGUCAAAGUCUUGUGGUGCGUGCAUGGGUGGCCGGUACUCGUACACAAGAUUGAAGAGAACAAUCUUGACGUUGCUGCAACGAAUGUCACUGUUGAUGGUAGAUACCAGAUAUCUCUACACAUUAGACCUAAUUCAGACAACGAUUGGUUGCGAAUUGCGGUGACUGUGUUGCAACAUGAUGGCACUACUUUAGGAGCCUUUCCCAGAACGAUGGCAUUAUUCUUCACCAAUAGUAAGAGUUUUGUCGUGCAGAACGAGAUGAAUUUCAUACACUUGCCACUGUGGCGCAGAGGGCGCCAAUUCCCCUACGUGUACUUAAGCCUGAAGGAUGUUAAGCGCAGCGGAAUCUUCUCGUGCGACGUGCUAAAAGUGCACUGCGCAUUUUUCUAUUAACACUUGUCAUUAACUUAUGAUGACAUCCCUUCUGCAGCAAAAUUUUUGUCACUCACGAAUCUUUUGAGUCCGAAAGUAAGUGAUGGUAGUGUAGCGCAAAUCAUUCACUUAAUCAAGCUGCUCUUAGAUAACACAAGUUUAAUAGCCAUGUACGUCAUGCUGCUAGAAUUUGUUGUACUGUUUGUUGUAAUGUUGAAUUCGUUGUAAUGUUUGUUCACUAUACGUCUUGUGAAAGCAAGUUUUGUUACUCCCCGAUGUCAUGGGAUGUUUUUACCUGCAGCGUAGCGGCUUCGCUAU